ACGCUACACAAAAACUGAUCAUCAAGCUUAGCUUAGGGGCGGGGUGGAGAUGAUAACGGCGGGGUAUCGUCUCAGCCAGGCCAUGGUCGUCCAUGUUAGUUCCAGAUCGCCUGUACAGGCAUACAAGAGGUGCGAUCACCUCAUAAUGGGUGGAGGUGAUGCGGCAGGGAUGAGAAGUGAUGAGUUUUCUAGCAAAAACAGCACAGAGAUAAGCUACAACAGUGAUGAUGAUGAUGAGCACCACCACCACCACCAGUUCACUCUGCCUGCCGCGGCACGAGAUGAUGAUGGGUCAGAAUCCACCAUCAGCUGCAGCAGCCGCGGCAGUGCCGAGACAAGAGUGCUGGUGGUGGUGGAUGGGAGCAAUGAGGCCAAAGCUGCUCUGCAAUGGGCACUUUCUCAUUCUGUUCAUACCAAGCACGACACACUUAUCCUUUUGCUCGUAACCAAGCCCUUCAAACAAGGUGGAUCGGGAAGUUCCUGCAACUGUGAGCUGGACCAAACGGCAUAUGAUCUUCUUUGCUCCUUGAAACAUACUUGUCAAACAAGGAGACCCGGGGUGCAAGUGGAGAUAGUAGUGGAAGAAGGAAAGGAGAAAGGCGCGAUAAUCGUUGAAGCAGCUAAGCAGCAGAAGGCUUCUCUACUGGUUUUGGGGCAGAGAAAAAGAUCGGUGAUGUGGCACAUGCGAACUAUGCUGUCCGGGAAACGGGCGCAGCAGUCAAAUGUGGUCAACUACUGCAUCCACAACGCCCACUGCAUGACUAUCGCUGUGAGGAGGAAAUGCAAGAAACACGGCGGCUACCUCAUCACCACCAAGAGUCAUAAGAAUUUCUGGCUUUUAGCUUAAUAUAUAUUUAAUCCAUCACAGAUUCAUUUCAUGCUCUAACCUUUUAUUCAAUAAUUUAUUUUAUUACUCCGUAGUUUAUUGAAAAAUUACAAUAUGAAAUGUAUUACUAGCAAGGUAUAAUUAUACAUAUAUGAUCAAUGUAAAUGAUGUUUACAAAAUGUGACGUCCUAUGUGUAGUGAUUAUUGUUAGGAGGCUUCUCUUCCAGCUCAGGUCUCCGAUUUCAUCCACAAAGGAUGAAUUUCACCACCAAGGUCAACUAGGGGAGAAGGGACGUCAGCCUACAAGCAUCUUCCGGCCAAAUCCCGUCCAGCGAACAACCCACAGAGGAAAGGUGAAGGACAGAGUUCAAGGGUUGAGUAGUGUUAGAACAGCCUCAAAUUGCAGACGUGAGGAGAAUAUAUACGUCAAGCACAGAUGCCAGAGAUGGUAAAACUUACCAUAACAAGAUGAUACGCCAAUGCUUCGAAGAAGGAAGGAAAUAAUCGUGAAGGGAGAAAGCCGUUCAAAAGUAAUCGGUGCAAAUGGAUUAAACAAAUGGACUGGGUACUUCUCAAUGCAAUUGGGCCUAGGGAAAAGAGCUUGGGCCAAUACCGUACCAACACAUUCUCCACCUUAUUGGACCCUAGUGGUGUAGAGUCAAAACUCUAAAACAUACAUGAGACUCAUCAUCGCUGGAUUGCCCGAAUGAUCAUAAAGACACAUUCAGGCAAAAGGGGUAAGAUCACCAGGCAACUUAUCUGCAAUCAAUGUUGAACGUGAGCUUGCACGACAACAAAUUUUCAACAAAGAGACAUUCAGUUCCCAUGUCAGCAGGAUUAAAUUCAGAUGAAAUUUUAAUCAACUUGAUAUGACCUGCACUAACAAUCAACAUAUCAUCCAUAUAUAACAAUAAAAAUAUAGGCACAUAAGAAGUAUUUUUAAGAGAUAUUACCCUACAUAUGAGUAAAUAAUUUUUAUGGACUAAUAUGCCCUUAAGAUGUCAUUAUAAAACCCUAAACUCCUAAUUCUUUUUUCCAACCCAAAGCUUCCCUCUCAUCUCCCGCAGUACAGCCGCCCACCUACCAACUGCCGCCUGCCGCACGCUGCCUGCUGCCCAGCCGCCGCUCUCCGUCCAGUCUCACCCGCCGUCCGCUCGCCUGCCUGCUGUUUGUCAUCUCGCCAGGUUUGAAUGAUUUAACGGAGGUAGUAGAUAAAUUGUGUUUGAAUUCGGAGAGGAAGAAGCUAAGGACGAGGCUAGAGAAGCACAGAAGACUUCGAUAACGGCGUUCAAGAAGUGGCAGCACCCGGCAGCUCUGCUUUCCUUCGAUCUGGCUCUGUUUGUGAAGUUUGUUUCUUCUGGUAGAUGAUAUAGAUCUGAGUGACGCCGCCCAAAUCUAUUAUCUUUCACUCUGUUUUAGGUUUCUGUUCUUCGUUCUAUGCUACUGUUUUAGGCUACUGUACAUCCGAAUUUAUCUUUGCACAAUUGCCAUUCGUAAAUCGCAGCAUCAUAAAGAAGAAGACCCUUUUUGAGGAGCUCAAGGGAUUUGUAAGGCUCUUCUUAUGGUGAAGAUGGGUGUGGCACUGAUAUUACGUGCAUGAAGCUGGGUCAUGGUUGUGCUUUGGAUCCGCCCAUUCACUUUUCUAAUUUUGAAAAUUGGAAUUUCUAAAAUUAGGGUUUGUGGGCAUUAAAUAUAGGCAUUGAAUAUGGGUAGUGAAUAUUGCUGCGUAUGCCAGUGAAUAUGGCAAUAUAUAUAUAUUGUACAUGCAGUGAAUGAAUGCAUUGAGA